AUGCACGAAUAAUACGAGUUAUAUUAUACAACUUACAAUCAAGAGAGAGAUAGAAUUAGGGUAAUGAUAGAGUUUUUAUUAUUUUAGAAAUUUUACACCAGUCUAAAAUCUGAAGAAUCUAAUAGAUUGUUAAAGAGUUAAUCUCUUAAUCAAUCAUUGAAGAAAGCUGAAGGAUACAAAAAUGAUAAAAAGAUGUAGAUCAAAUAAAAAGCACAUAAAUUCAAUAUUAAAGCUAAAAUCAUUUAAAGAAAAAAUAAUUAAAUGUAGGAGCAUCAAUUUCUAGGAAUUAUUAAAUAAAAAAAUGAAUUAGUCAAAAAAGAGAUUGAGCUGUAAGAUAUAAUCUUUAUAUAGAGAACAUCGUCUUAAUAUAUUGAAUGCAGAAUAAACUGAAUAGAUUAGACAAAAUCAAAUCUAUAAAUCUAUGAAACAUAAAAUCUAUUUAGAAAGAGUAGAACAACAUUAAUUAGUAAUCUAUUCAUUAUAUUCUAGAAAAUUGAGUAAGAACAUUAACAAUUACUAGAAUAAAUGAAUAAUAAAUUCUAAAAAGUUGAAGAAUAUAUUCAAAUCUCUCGAGAAUCUUAAAAAUAAAAAUUUAGAAGUCUUAGUUAAAAAUAUCUGACUUAUAAAUAAAAGGCUGAAAAUCUUAUACUAGAAAAAACUGAAAACACGUUUCAAGAAGCUUUAGAUAACAUGUCUAAAAGAGAAUAAGUUUAUGUAUAUAUUUAAUCUAAUCUAAAGGAAAAAUAUCUGGAAAAUAAAGAAAAAGAAAGAAAAAAAAUUGUUAAAAGAAACAAACUAGAAUUAGUUAAGUUUAAACGCAAUAAAAAAAAACAAGAAUCUAGAGAAAAAUCUUAGAAGAAAAUUUAAGAAGAGGAAAGACAAAAAAGAAUACAUAAUAAAUCUACAUCUAUACCCAAAAUCAUAAUCACUGAACAUGAUGAUUAGGGUAAUAAUAAUGUAGAAGUCGAAGUUUAUGAAGUACCAUAUUCUGAAGAAUAAACUCAGACAUAUGACGAGAAGAAAACUUCUUCAAAAAAGAAUUUGAAAGAAGAAUAAUCCAUGUGUACAAAUAUUAAUGAAUCAUCAAUGUAAGUGACUCUUCCUGAAACAAAAAAUAUAGAAUCUCCAAAUUAUAAGAAACCUAGACGAAAAUCAGAAAAAGAAAGAUAAUAUUAAAUUUUGAUGUAUUAGUUUUAUAUAAUGUUUUAGGAAAUUAAGGUUGAAUCUCAAACAAGAAAGAGAAAAGUUAGACAGAGAAUUAAACUCAUUUUUUAUUAGUCAACCUAUACACACAAAUUGA